UGGAAAUUGAACCUCUUAUUUAUAGUAAAAAUAUUUUUAGAAUUCUCAUAAUGAAAAAAUUAUUAACACUGUUUACUUCAACUUUCUCAUGCAUGCACGACUGAUUUCAAAAGAGCUUUCUACUGAGCAUGCGUCGUUCAAGCAAUCGUUACGAGCUCUCGAAAACUUCUUCGGUUCAAAACAACGCAUUCUAAUAAAAGAACUAUCAAAUUGAAUAAAACAACGAAGAUUUGAAGGACGAAAUAAUGGCUAUAGUGAGAAACGCUCGAGAUAUUUGUGAUUUAAAUUGUAGCUUGUGUGAAGAGAACUUUAAAAAUCCAAAAGUACUACCAUGUUUGCAUUCUUUCUGUCAAUCAUGCCUGGACGCAACAGUAAGGGGACAAGAACGGGUUCUGAUAUGUCCAACAUGCAGCAUUGACAUUCCUAUCCCCACAAAAGGUAUGGACGCAUUCCCAACCAACUCUUUCAUCAACAAUAUGCUCAACAUCCUUGCUGUACAAAAUCCAACAAAUUGCACGAAUUGUGAAGACAGAGAGCUAGCUACAUCAAGAUGUUUAGACUGCGUUGAAAACUUGUGCCAAAAUUGCGUCACAGCUCAUGAAAGGAUCCGGCAAACUAAGGGACAUAACAUCAUUUCUUUUGAAGAACUACAAAACAACGCCGUGCACGAUGCCAUAAAAUGUCCAUCAUUCUGUAAAGUACAUGAUAGAGAGGGCUCUUUUUUCACUUUUCUUUUGGCUGACGGCACUCAAGAAAGAAGAACUUCUUUCUUGAGCGCCAUGCUCAAGUAUUUCUGCGAAUCUUGCGACGACGCCAUUUGUCGAGACUGCGCGAUAUACGAACAUCGCGAGCAUCACUAUCUAGAUUUAAAGGAAGCAGUCAAGUCACACAGAGAAGGUGUCACUAACUUGUUGGACAACAGCAAACGGAAAAUUCCUGUCAUAAAACUUGCUCUGAAGGAAAUUACAGAAGUUGCAGAAAGUUUAAGAGAAAGAAAAAAUUCGGUUGCUAACGUCAUCAAUGAGACUGUUGACUGCCAUGUGAAAAAACUAGAGGAGAAGCGAGUUGAAUUGUUGGACCGUUUGCAACAUACUUUCAUUGAAAAAGAAGCUGUAUUGAAAGAACAACAUCUAAGUCUUGAAAUGGAUUUAAACAACCUGCUGACUGGUAGUGAAUUUGUUGAAUUCAUGAUGCGGUAUGGAAACGAGGCUGAGAUUAUGAUGGUAAAAAAACUCAUGGUAUCGAGGCUGACUGAACUAAAUAAUAGUCAACCACAGUUAGAACCAGAAGAAAAUGAUAUCGUCGAGUUCUUCUCACAAGAUGAGGCUUUAAAGAGCGUUAUUCAGAAGUUUGGAAUCCUAAGUACCAGUGAUACAUUCCCGCCAUUAUGUGUCGCAGUUGGAACAGGAGUGACGGCAGCCAAAUUGAAUCAUUACACUGAAUUUACGUUGAUGGCAAAAGAUAGAUUUGAUAAUCCAAUAGGUCGAGGUGGUGAUUAUGUGAUCGCUAAGCUGACAGAUGGAAAAGGUUUGACAACUAAUGUUGACGUGAAGGACUGUCAAAAUGGCUCCUACACAAUUGGCUACACAGUACAAAGCAAGGAAAAGCACGCCCUCUCUGUAUACGUGAGAGAAAAGCCGAUACAUGACAGUCCUUUCGAAGUAAAUGUUAUCGCUGGUAUCGACUGCGAAAAAAUCGGUCCCAUGUUAACGCAGUUUGGAUCAGGAGGUGUAAUUUCAAGUGUGAAGAAUAAUGACAAUUAUGAACCGUGGGGUGUGGUAUGUGACAAAGAUGGAAAUAUUUUGGUUACUGAUCAUAAUAAUCAUAAAGUCCUGACGUUUGAUGUUAAUGGCAAGUUACUUUCGCAAUUCGGUGUACGAGGUAAGAACGAUGGAGAAAUGUGGUAUCCUACUGGAGUUGCUGUUGAUAAACAGCUCAAUAUAUACGUUGCAGAUCAUGGAAACCAUCGUAUACAGACAUACACAAAAGAUGGACAGUUUAUAAGAAAAUUCGGAACACGAGGAACAACCGAAGGACUACUGAAAGGUCCAUGUGGAAUUGCAAUCGAUCAGGAAAACCGGUUAAUUGUGGCCGACCGUGACAACCACCGAAUUCAAGUGUUCGAUUUAAAAGGAAAUUUCCUGUUUAUAUUUGGAGGGUCGGGGUCUGCGGAUGGCAAGUUUAAUUCGCCACGUCAUGUUGCCAUCACAACUGAAAAUCACAUCUUGGUGUCAGAUACAAACAAUUAUAGGGUUCAAAAGUUUGACCAGAACGGAAAGUUUUUGUCAAAAUUCGGUACCAAAGGAGCACAAGAUGGCCAGUUUUUGUGUCCGUCCGGAUUGGGUACAGACAGUGAAAAUAAUAUUGUUGUUUCAGACUUUAAAAAUAUCGAUGCACAAUUAUUUAGUUCUGAUGGUCAAUUUAUUAAGAAACUGGGUGCAACAGUCAAGCAGCUGUCAAAACCAACAGGUGUAUUCAUAACGAGUCAUGGUAACGUUCUUGUUGCCGACAGAGGCACACAUAAAAUACAUAUGUAUUAAAUAACAAGUCAUUCAGCAGUGAAUGCUCAAACUUAGAUAGAUAUAUUCUCAGUAAAAGAAGUUUAUUGGUGCUCUGGCUUAUAAACGUCUAACCAUCAUGCCUUGCAGAUGAAAAUCUUUUGUAUAUAUGUAAGAAAGAUUAAAAAUAAAAAAAUACAAUUUUAUCAAUCAUUUCUAAA